AUGCGCUUCUCUACUCUCUCGGGCACGGCGCUCGCCGCCGCCUCGGGCGUCAUGGCUAAGGAAUUGGCCAAGGAUCUGGUCAAGGGCGCCGGUACGUCCUGUUCGCGAUGGCGCGCCCAGCAUUUGCGCCCAGAAAUACGGCUAACGGCCUUUCUGCAGAGCUCUAACGACUCUGGUUACAUCCACGAGAGGAACAUGAAGCACAAGAUGGAUGCUUGGAUGGGUGAGUUUGACGCCGGCCUCCUCAACUCGGAGGUCUGGCCCAGGCUCAACUACACCAAGUGCAUCGACGGCAAGGCCGCCGCUGUGCCUGGCAACGAGCUUCUUACGUUCCGCUGCAAGAACAUUGACCUGUACGACUUUAUCAACUUCGCCACUCUCGGCUCCCCCAACGGCUGGGACGAGCUCGGUGACGGCAACCUCCUGACCGGCAGCGGUUCGUGGGGUUGGACCGACCCCAAGACGGGCCGUGAGUUUGCCGCCAUUGGCAUGUUCGACGGCACUGCCUUCGUCGAGAUCCUCAAGGAGGGAAGGCUGGCCCAGCUCGGCUUCCUGCCCGUGCCGGCCAAGACCAACCCCAACGCGCUGUGGAAGGAGAUUCGUGGUUUCAAGAACUACAUGAUCAUCGGCUCUGAGCUCCCCGGCCACGGCGUCCAGAUCUUCGACAUGAGCAAGCUGCUCACCGUCAACGCCUCGGCCGGCCCUGUCGUCUUCGACAUUGUCAAGGACGUCACGGCCCAUUGGAAGGACCUACCCAACGGCCAGACGCACAACAUCGUCGUGGACGAGGAGAACGAGUACUUUGCCGCCGUCGGUGCCCGCCCCAGGACCGACGUCUGCAAGUCCGGUCUCAUCUUCGUCGACCUCAAGGACCCCUCCAACCCCAAGAGGCUCGGCUGCAACGGACAGGAUGGCUACGUCCAUGACGCGCAGUGCCUCACGUACCACGGCCCCGACACCAAGUACGAGGGUCACCAGAUCUGCUACGGCUACAAUGAGGACACGCUCACCAUCUACGACGUGACAGACAAGGCCAACUCCAAGAUUCUCUCCGUCACCUCGUACGAGGGUGCUUCCUACACCCACCAGGGCUGGGUCCUCGACGUCAACUGGCAGGAGUACCUCCUGAUGGACGACGAGCACUGUCGUUGCCACCGACCACAACCAGUACAUCAAGAACGGUCUCAGCUUCCAGUCCAGCUACGGUGCCGGUUUCCGCGUCUACGAUGUUUCCUCCAUUCCCGAGGACCCCACCGGUGCCGGUGUCUGCGAGGUGAGUUUAUUUGCUUUCCAAUAUUCUCUCGGAUCGCAUACUUUGACAUCUUCCCCGAGGAUGACAACCAGCCCGGCGGCGGCCAGCGUCGAGAUGUUUCGGCUCGUGGUCGAGCUACCAGUUCGACGGAAGCGGCUACGCCCAUUGUCAACACGAUCGAGCGCGGCGUCUACCUCGUCAAGAUGACCAAGCGCGCGUCGUGCCCCAAGAAGCAGUCGUGCAACGCCGACAACUGCCUGCGUGCGCUGCGCUCAUCCAGCAUCAAGGGCCGCCUCGAGGAGAGCCAGAAGUUCUGCGGCGAGUUCACGAAGACGUACGUCAGCGACGUCAAGGUCGUGCCCGAGUUCCGCCUCCAAGGCGUGCGGCACCAACGUCAUCUCGCGCGUCAGCUCGGCGUGCCACUGCCUACCUACCCCUACCGCGUGAGCAGGUGA